UGCCUCCCUCUCCGGAUGGGGCCGCCGCCGCCAUUGUGCGGCGCUGGUACCCUAAGAGGGUUCCCUCUGCGGCGAGUGUCUUGGGCUUUCGGCCUCGCUUCUCGCUUUUAUCCGGGAGCCCGGCGGGUCCGGGACUCCUGUCCGUGCCGGUGCGGGCGCCGGCAUGUGGCUGUGGGAGGAACAGGGGGGCCUCCUGGGCCCCUUCUCCUUCCUGCUCCUGCUGCUCCUGCUGGUAACGCGUAGUCCCUUCAAUGCCUGCCUCUUCACCGGCAGCCUCUACCUCUUGCUGCGCCUGUUCAGCUUUGAGCCUGUGCCCUCCCGCAGAGCCCUGCAGGUGCUCAAGCCGCGGGACCGCGUUUCCGCCAUCGCUCACCGCGGCGGCAGCCACGACGCGCCCGAGAACACGCUGGCGGCCAUUCGGCUGGCAGCUAAGAAUGGAGCAACAGGUGUGGAGUUGGACAUUGAGUUUACUUCCGACGGGAUUCCUGUCUUAAUGCAUGAUAACACAGUUGACAGGACGACCGAUGGUACUGGUCGAUUGUGUGACUUGACGUUUGAACAAAUUAGGAAGCUUAAUCCUGCAGCAAAUCACAGGUUAAGGAAUGAUUUCCCUGAUGAAAAGAUCCCUACCCUGAGAGAAGCUGUUGCAGAGUGCCUAAACUAUAACCUCACAAUCUUCUUUGAUGUCAAGGGCCAUGCAAAUAUGGCUACUGAUGCUCUAAAGAAAAUAUAUAUGGAGUUUCCUCAACUAUACAAUAAUAGUAUCGUCUGCUCUUUCUUGCCAGAAGUCAUCUAUAAGAUGAGACAAACAGAUCAGAAUGUAGUGACAGCUUUAACUCAUAGACCUUGGAGCCUUAGCCAUACAGGAGAUGGGAAACCACGCUAUGAUACUUACUGGAAACAGUCCAUGUUUGUGGUAAUGGACAUUUUGCUCGAUUGGAGCAUGCAUAAUAUCUUGUGGUACCUGUGUGGAAUUUCAGCUUUCCUCAUACAAAAGGAUUUUGUAUCCCCGGACUACCUGAAGAAGUGGUCGGCUAAAGGCAUUCAGGUUGUGGCUUGGACUGUUAAUACCUUUGAUGAAAAAAGUUACUACGAAUCGCAUCUUGGUUCCAGUUAUAUCACUGACAGCAUGUUGGAAGACUGUGCAUCUCAGUUCUAGAAUUUUACCCCAGGGAGGAAAUCCGGGUAUAGAAACUGCCUGCUGGCCUCAAGCAGGGAUAUCAAAAUACCCUUUGUGCUAGCCCAAGCCCUGGGGGAUCAGGUGGCUCACACAAGCAAUAGUCGGUAUUUGCAUUUUUACCUGAACCAAAGCAAAACCUGGUUUUGCCACCUUGUUCCAUGGAAUGCCUGAGUUCAACACUGUUGCUCUUGAAAAUCUGGGUCUGCAAAAAAGGCACAACAGUUCCUGCCCCAACCCUAGCUGAUGGGUACACCAAAACCCAGUGAGGAUAAGCACAGAUUGAGUUGUGCAGUUUGGGGUUGCAGAUGCAAAUGCAUGGGAAAUGCAUGAUCACUCAAAAGUUGACAUUUUAAAAUUUGACACACGUAAUUUACUUAUUUAAAAUAUUUGUAUUCAGCUACAUUAUCAAUGUACUAUAGACAGCAAACUUGUGACCAUACUAAUAAAAUCAUUAAAAGGAGCACUAAGGGAAAACUGUG